AUGAUUAUUCUUCUUCUCGGUAAGCCCCGCCGCCCGUUUCUACAGUAUCCUACCGUACUGUUUACAGUAACCGGAACGCUUUGUGGUGAAUCGAAGGACAUGUUCAAGUUCCGCAAAUCGACGCUGGCCAAGUUCAACGACGCGCGACGCAUUCUCGCUUCUGGCGACAUUUCGAAACUUUUGAAGCCUUUUCAAAGUAUUCCGCAGCUGAAAAAAAUGAGUCUUUUGAAGGAUAACAUACUGGGACCGGCGGCCAACAUGUACAAAUUGGUUAGUAGUAGUUAACCCUAUAAAACAGACUUGCCAAAUCCCGGCCCGGUCGGCCCGGAAGUUAGACCUCAAAAAAAAAUAUGCAAAAAAAAUAUGAAGGAAGAGGAAAACGCGUGCGGCAAAAUUGCUAAAAUGGCGUGCCAGAGUUGCAAUCAAUCGCUCCGCCCACUCUUGAGAAAAUUUUCGUAAUUUUUGUGAAAAUUUUGCGACUUUAAACAGCAAUUUCUAUUUUUUAACAGGUUUUUAUGCUAUAACAUUGCCUUUUUAAGUCUAUAAAAUUUUAAGUCUAUAAAAUUAUGUUCGUUUCGAAGUUCUAGUUCGCUUUGAAUUUUUAGGUGCAUCCUCCCGGGCCGGGCCAGAAAAUUUCCAAUUUUGGCCCGGCCCGUUGCAAGUCUGCUAUAAAACUGAGGGGGGACCGCUUUCGUUUUGUGAUCAGAAGUGGAACCGUCAGUUGGAGCAGCUCGGCUACGAGUACAUGAAGGGAAAGCAGUUCAGUGUCGGCGACAUGGACAAGACGCUCGAGUACAAAGAGCAUCUCGGCUUCAUCUGGCUCGGAGACAUUUUCACCGUUGUCAAACAGAUCCUCAAUUUUCUGCCGUUGGACGCUUUGAAACAAUCGAUGAACGACUUCCUUUCCAUGGUGAGAAAAGUUUGGAGGCGUUGUAAGGGAAGCUAAACCAAUAAUAUUUGAGCUCGAAACUCUCAUAAUCGCGUUGUGGAUGGCGUGGAAAGCGCCAAAGUCUUGGCCGAUCAAAAAAGGAGAGCAUUUCGCGCCGGCCGAAGCUCUAUUUGCCGCACGCCACGACAUUGGAUGCUUCUCCAACUUGUACUACUCGGUGUGCUUUGUUGAAAAGUAAGACAAACCGAGACGCAAUUCCAAAUAAAACGCUUCAGAAUCGAAUACCAGGAGACGACGUUCAAAGUAGGCGUGCCGUGUACGAGUUGUCCGACGCAUUGCGAAUUCUGGACCAAGUCGGACGAUUCGAUCGAGGAGGGAGAGCUGUGUGUGGCGCCGAAAGGCGACGCGACUGCCGAGAACUUUGCGGAAGUGGCCGGCUUCAUCACUUCUCUGUUUCUGACCGCUUUCAUUUAUUUGUUUGUGUUUGUGCGGAGAUAA